AUGGGAGGAUCUUAUCCUGUUUUCGCUGCUUUCAACUACGAGGCAUUGUGGGUUUUGAAGAUACCAUAUACAGCAGAGGAAGCCGAUUAUGAACUAAGUUAUAUGUGUUAUGGAACCAAAGCAAAGCUGAAAACCUAUUUGGUCACUGUAGAUAUCAUUAUUUUUGCACCUCUUUUUUUAGCUUUUACUUGGUUCUACAUCCAAAUCGCCUCGUUGAUUUGGAAACACAGAAAACCGGUCGGCGCUAAGUUCAACAAUUUUGACAAUAAGUCAGAGGACUCAACUAGUAAUUCCACGAAGAGCACCAAUGUCACUACCAUCGAGAACGUAAAACCGGUUGUUAAAUCUAAGAAACAAAAAAACGUUCAAGUCCAAAGAAAAAUCCGUACUUUCAGAAUUGUUAUAGUUUUAAUGUUGUCUUUUAUUGGCUGCCGAUUUCCCUAUUGGUUCUAUUACACCGUGAGGGUAGUAAGCAUUAGAAACGAUAACAUGAGCUGGAACCUACAUUUUGCACUUGUAGCUUUAAAUUUGCUAAAUUGUGUGCUUAAUCCACUACUGUACACGUUUUUAAAUCAAUCAGUUGCUGCUCUGAAAAUAAUCAAAGAGUUUAUGCUGAAAAUUUGCUGUUGGUGCUUCUCGAACGAUGACUUUGAUGAGUUUGAACGAAACAAUCCUUUUAAUAGAGACCAGGUGAAUCCUGCGUGUGGUACAGUUAAAACUAGGCCUAAGUAUGGUCUGCACGACAAGAACGAUAAAGUACAAAAAUACUAG